CAAAUACAAAAAUACUUUUCUCUUUCUGUGUAAAUGAAAGUGCAAGAUUAUUAAAAAGUACUCUACUUUGACUGACAACCAAUCAACAGUUUCAAUUAAAUGGAAACAUAAGUUUUGUUUUCCCCAUGUCAUCCUUUGUAGGCUAUAAUAUCAGUGACUGAGUCAGGAAGAAGGUUACAGUCCAUAGUGCAGUAGAUAGUGCAGCACAAAGGGUGGGAAUCUAAAAGACAUUAUUAAAAGUUGGUAUAGCUCGAACUUCUCAAAGACUUGGCUGUUUCUAAAAAGCUAGCAAUCGAUGGCUUCCCAAGAUUGGAUCGAUAUCUUUCGAGAAAAGGCGAUGGAACUCAACGAGGAAGAUGACUGGCAGAUUGAGUUUGAUGACUCCAUCCAGCCAAAAGGAAUGGAACCAGGCUGGCAGCAGUUCAUCAAAAAUACAUUUGCAUGGUUUCAGUGCUCAAAGUGUAAGAGAAAGUGGCCCUCGAGCCGUGUGAUGGUUGUGUUCCACAUGAAGCUGUGGAAACGACAGAGAAAGGGAGUCGUGAAAGUACGUCGGCUCUGUCAGGACUGCAAGAAAUGCACUGCUGCUCCAAUGGAGAAGCCGACCUUCUCCCCAGACAACCUUGAGAUUCUGCUGGAGAAGCUGGUUGACAAGAUUAGAUUGAAGUGCUACCAUGAGACCCCAAAAGAAGUUGACACGCCUUUCAGGAUGGACCCAGUGCAGUCGCCUCAUGAGCCUGCUCAUUGCGAAGGCUGCAUUUUGGGCAUCUGUAUUAAGAAUGCGCCUGAACAAGCCAAUCGUUUUUAACCCUGAAAGACACACAGUAUGCUUUGAAGUAUCAAAUAAGUGCCUGUAAUUCAGUAUAUUAACUAGUGAAUUUCAGGAACUAAUUUCAGAAAUGAAUUUAUUGGUUUUAUUUAAUCAUUACAUCCAAGAUGUUACAUAAGAACCCUGGUAAAGUAGCAUGAUGAUGAGACAUUCAGCUAGGAUAUGUGUGGUUAUUGAGAUAUUAAACUAGGGAAGUUGACUGACUGCUUUUCAGUGGUGAAACAUGACCCAAAAGGCAUGUAUGGUUCAGAUUUGACCCUAAUACUGUAAUAGGUCUGUGGUUUGACAGGCCCUAGUCAAAGAUGAUUGCCAUUUGUUUGCUACUACUUUUAUUCAUUAAAAUGUAUCUGACAUUUGUGAAAUGCUCUCUCUCUCCCACAUCAUUAAAAAUGAUGCAUGGCUAUUAAUGAGUAGUAUAUUUCUUCAUCCGAAAACUACAGUGACUGAGUAAAGUGACUUUA